UCUACACAGGAUUCCAUCAAAACCGCACAUGAAAGUAAAACUCCCUCUGAGAGAUCUAAAUCAUCUGAACAUUCUGAUUCUAUCUCCGAGGUAACACAAAAACCAGAGAAUCUACCAGUAUUUCCAGGUCGUCCGCAACGAACAAAGAGGCAGCCCUUGCGAUAUCGUAGUUCUUCACUUAAGGACUCUUCGGAUGUGUCAAGUUCAAAUGACCGACAUUACAAGAUUAAACGAAUAUUGGCUCAGAGACAACGUGAUCCAGUGACUGAGUAUUUUGUUCACUUUGUCGGGGAACCUUCUCAAAAACGCACUUUGGGUAACGUCUGAUGCGCUAAACCCUGCUGCUAGGAAGGCUAUAAUGGCAAAACCUCCGAUUUCUAUUCGUUGAAGUUCUUAUUAACUUUGUUGGAUGUACACGAUGGUGCGAAUACAGGAGAGAAGCCAUUCCAACGUGUUUGUAGGAAGUCAAUAGUGAUUAUCGUGAAACUGACAUGAUCGAUGAACUCAGCUAUAUGAUCAGCUAUGAUUCAUAACCAUUUUGUUAAUUUGCCAUUUCUAUUUUUACAUUUUUUUUGUGAAAUUGUCUUAUAUGCGAUCUAUGUUGUUUUGAAACAUUUCUUACUUGGUAGUGUGAUGUUCUUAACAUGGUUUGUAGAUAAAAUGUACCUGUACUCAUAUACCGGUACAAAUUGUGCUGCAUUCAUUCAAAUUUGACAUUCUAUGUUUGUUGUUUAGUUAGUAGAUAUAUAAAAAGUGCUUUAAAUUAGGUUUAGCAAAGAAGCUACUAUACCUGUAUAUAUCGCUGUUACCACCAUUUCAUUUAUGAGUUUGCGAAUAAUCCUGCAGUACUUACAUUUACACUCACAAUGUGGAAAUUGGUAAUCCCUGCUUGUAUUAACUUUAAACAGGAUUGGUGUUAUGAGCUAAAAUGUUCCUUUUUUUUCCAAUUGCUAAUUUUGUAUAGAUCUCGAAUGUUGAAGAGUACAUGGAUUUGAUGUUUUCCUUUCCUAUUGACCGCAUGAAUAAUGUUACCCGAUAUGUAGAGUACAUAGACGCACCUUUCUUUGCAUAAUGGUUCAUGAGAGGAUGAUUUUUUUUAGGAAUGAACUGUGUAAAAAGUUAACAAAAAGUCUGCAUGGGUUGAUGUAGUGGUUAUAUAUACAGUAUUCUAUUCUAAGUAUCUUGUGAUGAGACACAUUUACUUGUAUAUAUACUCUUUUGUACCAUUUAUGUUAUAUGCCAGAAAAUACUAGAUCAUUUAUAAUGAGAGAAUUGACAAAUUGUGCAGGCGAGUGUUUGUGUGAGAGUAUGUCACCUGUGGCCAUAGGUAAUUUAAGAGUAUUUUGUAUGUAGGUCUAUAUUAAUUUCUCACCCGUCCCAUUGUAUUUUGAUCAAUAAUACUUAUAGUGAGUGCAUUAUAGAAACAAUUUGUACUUUCUACUGGUUCGAAGGAAUUAGGUCUACAAUAAUGAUAGCAGUAUGUGAUGCUUAGUUGUUUCUUAUAACCUUCAUAUAUUUCUCCAUGGUUAGGAGUAAUUGAUUAUAAAUAUGCAAUGCAAACAAUUUCAAGUGAUUGUCUCCCUUGGUAUGUUUCCUCAUGUUAACUCAACCAGCUGGUGUAUUGUCUAUUGUUUAUUACAUAACUCAUUUGCACAAAAUAUUGAUUUGUAUGUUAUAAUUCAUAAUUCAUCUUUAUUAGCACAUUCCUAACUACAACAGUAAUUUGAUGGCUGAACAAACACAAACAAAGUAUUGAAAGGCAUGUAUACAGAAUAUAUAACACUGAAGCAGAUAGAAAUUGAAUAUUUUCAGAUUACAUCAUUAUAAUGUUCAUGGUUUCAUGCUCCAUAUGAUUGUGCUCACAUAUAUUUUAGUAGACUUCAUGAAGUGAGAUUGAUGAAACUAGUCAGAUAAGUGUAUCUUGUUAUAUUACCAGUGGAUGAUGCAUGUUUGUAUAGUAAUUGAUUGUAUUACCAUUUGGCGAUAAUUUGCUUUCCGUAUAAUAUUCUAUUGAUGGUUAUAUUAAUUCAAAAUUUUAAAGGGUAAAAUUUUGUCUUGGCGGGGGGGAUGUUAUAUACAUGGUAUAUUCUGUAUAAUCAACAAUUGAAUAUCCGGAAUUGCUCCGUUUUGUAUGUUAGUAUUUGGUGAUUCCGUAAUUUGUUACCGUACAUCGGUUUUGUUUUGAGUUGUACUUCCGGAAUUAAAAGAAGGCAUCACGUUGAAAGUUUUUGAGUUAUUUUCCUGAUUGAAACCAUCCAAUAUAAUACCAUCACGAUGCCAGAACAUGUGUGUUCUUUGUGUAUAUCGUGACUGUGUGUGUAUGUGUGUUCUUUGUGCAUAUCUUGACCCAGUUUGUCACUUUGUAUUGUGACUCCGUGUUGAUCGUCACCCAUUGUGUAUUCUGUAAAUGAUUCCAUAAUACCUGUAACCUAGGUGCCGUUAUAUAACAUGGUCCAGUGUGUGUCGUGCAGUAGCGAUUACUACCUGUUUUUCCUAUUCUCAGAAUCAUGUGGUCACAGUUGGCUAGGACUGCCCAUGUUUGGUUUAUGUACACAAGGUAAAAUGAAGGGUAUCGUAUAUCCGAAGUCCAAAUACCGAUUUGUCUCCAUGUGUACACUUCAUCCAUCACCAUCAAUCUCAACAACCCGGACAAACUAGUGAGAGACCCUCGUGUUGACAGUAGCAGCAUUGAUUGACCCCGAGAGUGACGGAACUCCGUACUACCAAAUCAAUUGAUACAAAACUAUCAUAUUGCUGUCAUGUGUCCUUCGUCCACGGUAAUAAUGUAGACAUUAGGUUGGGAUAAGCACUUAAUGAUGCAAGACCCACGCUGAACCUUUGCAACAGACAAACUUUCGUCAUCGUUCUUCUAUAUAUCUGUACAGGUUCCUCAUGCAAUCAUUGUUAUGUUCAAAUUCAGUGUUCCACCAUCUUCUAUACUAACGAAACAACAAGGAAAGUACGGUACUUCUACCUUCAACACAGAAUGCCAACGCUAGUGAUGCCUUUUGUUGAACGAUCAACUGAUAAUGACAGUUCAGACACCGACAGAAAAAUCACCGAUUCUAGAAUGGGUUUAAAGGACUCACUUGGACCAAUUUUGUGGAUACUUCGACUCACAGGGCUGCUUUAUGGCGUCACACUGAGUAGUCCGUGUCGAAAACAGUCGGUGACGGAGAUGCUCAGCAGACGCUGUUGUUCUCCCUGUCUUCUGUACGGAAUCUUUGUCGUCUGUCUGUUAUGGGGUAACUUGGCGCUGUCCCUCUGGUCCUUUAAUGGCAUGACAUCAUUUGACGGCUUUGUAUGUAAUCAGAUUAUUACCUCGACUUGGUUCUUCCAGGUGGCAUGUACAGCAUUGUGCAAUAUCUGGCUUAGCAAACACUGGAACACUAUCUUUACAACUUGGGACAAACAUGUUAUAUCCUUGGACCCUCGUCUUGCUGUUGGAGAUAGGCGUUCCGCUAUUGUGGCAGCCGUUUUGUAUGUAGUGUGGUUGUUGGUCGAGUUUGGAUUCGUGGGCAUCGGUGCUUACUUAAUGGAAGGGGGCGGAAUUGGAUCUGGCGGUUCGUUCACCGAUCAACACCACUUCAAUAUGUUCUUCCAAUUUCUCUUUGUUUUGAUUUUCUUCUAUUUUAUUUCGGCGUGGUAUUCAAUGACAGCUGUAUUUGGUAUUUUGGCUUUUGGACUUUACAGAGCGUUUAGAGCUUUUUUUAAACGUCUUCAAGAAAACUUUGUCGAUGGAAAGUUCAAAGGUGAUGUUGAGCAAUUACGCCAGAAACAUGGUAAUCUCAUCCGUCUGUUGGGGAUCAUUGACGGUUUGGUCUCCACGUACAUACUCCUGGUCGUCGGCACUAUCAUUCCCCUCAUCAUUUUCACCCUCUACUUCGUUCUCUUCGAGACCAUCGACACUUUCUCCUACAUGGCGACCUGGUGGUCCGUCUCUCUCAGUCUCAUCCAGAUCAUGUUGGUGUUCAUCGGCGGAGGGCUUGUGAAUCACAUGGCUCACUACCCGGCGGAGUCUCUGUACGGUAUAGACCUCAGCUGUCGUACCUCGGAGGAAUGUCACCAGAUCACAGUGUUCCUAAAUCAGCUGACCAGCCACCCAAUAGGAUUUACGGCGUUCGGACUCUUCACCAUCGAUAGACCGACAAUUAUCACGUUUGCUGGAAGUAUAGUGACAUACGCUGUCGUGGUGAUACAAUUUGCGCCGUCAGAUGGCGCUGUUGACCCCGCUCGGUUUGUCUGUAACUGUUCCUGUGUUUGAUGAUAUAGGGGUCCAUGACGGGACAUCAGCUACUCUAGGUCCAGACAGCCGUCAGCCAUAUUUACCGGAGGUUAAAUGUUGUUACUGCUGUACGCUCCAUUUAAGAUUGGGGAUCAUGCGAUCUACAGACGAAUUAUAUCAGACGUAAACAUGAGUCGGCUACAGCUUGCUGCACAUCUAGUACGAGGGACGAUAUGUAUCCACUUACCAUAUACAUCAUAAAGUACCCCUCACUACUGUGUCUACCAAACGAAAUCAUAAGACACCAUUGGUCUGAAAAGACCGACAAUCAAUAUCUUGUCGUUAUUGUUGCCCGACAUAUUUUUCCGACUAUUAGUAGCCUACUGCUUUUAGAAUACCUGUUUGUAUAUAUAAUAGUACUUGGUUCACUAGGAGUGUCAUGGCAACGUUUAUAAUUACGUCAUCAGCGCGUGCUAGUGACAAGUGAUUGAUUUCCUUCGUGCCAUGUGAUUUAUACUUGAUGGCGGAGAGCGUGCGGCGGGAGUGAUGCUACAUUGUACACCUCCCUAGUCAAAUAUGUAUCUUAGAGUCGAUCACUCCACCUCCCAUUCAGAUAGAGAAGUGCGCAUUAGAAUUAUUGUAUACUUCCUCACCUUCUUCACGUCUGCCCGUGUGUGUAGCUACAACUAUGUACGGCCUUUUAGCGAUUACUUGGAAAAAAUGUGUAUGUCACUGUUCAAACAUGUACCUUGUUUUUAAACCCGCACCAAGUCGUCACAAGAGGACUACAGAUGCUUUUUUACAUCUUAAUA